CGCUUGAGGUCGCCCCCCGCUCGCUAGCAACGGACCGACCAGGGAGCCACCAGCGCGCCAGGAACCCGGCCAGAAUCCUCUGCCCCUACCCUUCCCGCGCCACACGCAGUAGCUGCUUUCCAAAUGGGUACAGAGUGAAGGCGGGCGGCAGGGCUGGCGCUGCUCCCGCUCGCAGACGCCCCACGCCGCCCGGCCUCUCGGGUCACGGGGAGAGCGCCGGCGCGGACGCCCCGCCCACCGCCCUUCCGGCCAGGCCACGUGACCGCGCGCGCACGUGUUUCGGCCUCUAGGUGCCGCGGGCCGGAAGCCGGUCCCGGCCGGCGCCCGGCCGCUGUCCACCAAGAGCAGGCCCCGGCUGGCCGACGAGGCGGCGGGUCCGGGAACGGGGCAGAGGCGGCACCCAUCGGAAGGCAGGCAGCGGCCUGGCCAUGAACCCCAGGGGCCUAUUCCAGGACUUCAACCCGAGUAAGUUCCUCAUCUACGCUUGCCUGCUGCUCUUCUCAGUGCUGCUGCCCCUCCGACUGGACGGCGUCAUCCAGUGGAGCUACUGGGCCGUGUUCGCCCCCAUCUGGUUGUGGAAGCUUCUGGUCCUCGCGGGCGCCUCUGUCGGCGCGGGCGUUUGGGUGCGAAACCCGCGCUACCGCACGGAGGGAGAGGCCUGUGUGGAGUUCAAGGCCAUGCUGAUUGCCGUGGGCAUCCACCUGCUGCUGCUCAUGUUCGAGGUCCUGGUCUGCGAUCGGGUGGAGCGGGGGACCCACUUCUGGCUUUUGGUCUUCAUGCCGCUCUUCUUUGUGUCCCCGGUGUCCGUGGCCGCCUGCCUUUGGGGCUUCCGACACGACCGGUCCCUGGAGCUGGAGAUCCUGUGCUCCGUCAACAUCCUGCAGUUCAUCUUCAUCGCCCUCAGGCUGGACCGGAUCAUCCACUGGCCGUGGCUGGUGGUGUUUGUGCCACUGUGGAUCCUCAUGUCAUUCCUUUGCCUGGUGGUCCUCUAUUACAUCGUCUGGUCCCUCCUGUUCCUGCGCUCCCUGGAUGUGGUUGCUGAGCAGCGAAGAACCCACGUGACCAUGGCCAUCUGCUGGAUAACGAUCGUGGUGCCGCUGCUCAUUUUCGCGGUUCUGCUGGUGCACAGGCUAGAUGGACACAACAUGUUCUCCUACAUCUCCAUAUUCGUCCCCCUUUGGCUUUCAUUAAUCACAUUAAUGGCCACAACGUUUAGGCGAAAAGGGGGCAACCAUUGGUGGUUUGGUAUUCGCAGAGAUUUCUGUCAGUUUCUGCUUGAAAUUUUCCCAUUUUUAAGAGAAUAUGGGAACAUUUCCUAUGAUCUACAUCAUGAAGAUAGUGAAGAUACUGAAGAAACAUCUGCUCCAGAAGCUCCUAAAAUUGCUCCAAUGUUUGGAAAGAAGGCCAGGGUGGUGAUAACACAGAGCCCUGGGAAAUAUGUCCCCCCACCCCCCAAGUUAAAUAUUGACAUGCCUGAUUAAACCUCUCUUCUGGGGAGUGCUCACAAGUGGAAGAGAAGUCAUAUACACACAAAAUCCACCUUACUUUGGCCUCUUUGCCCAUCCAUGCCAAAUCUGGAACUGAAAACAGGCUUCAAAACAUCAUUUCAUGCUUUGAAAUUGCUGCCUAUCAGUGACUCAUCAGUAUUCACCAGAGAUGCAGGAGGUUCUUUUACUGUGUAGGUGUGUGUGUGUGUGCACAGGUGCAGUGUGCCUCCAUGUUUGAGGAACUUGUGUUCUAGGCUCAUGCUUGCAGAGCUAGCUGAGAGCAGUAAAUUGAGUUGUUCUGGUAGGUCCUCAAAUGGAAUAACUACCUGGGGUUUUUUAAAGUGGUACUAUACCUAUCGAAAGUAUUUAGAAAAGUAUUUUUAUACACUGCUAACGUAAAACUGUAUUUCAGAUUGUGCCUGCUGUGACAUAAUAGCAAAUGUAAAGAAUUCUCUUUCCCACCACUUGCAUAUAAACCUCAUAGUUGUUAUUUUCAGUGUUUCUGCUGUUAAAAUAGUUUUUCUUUCGGCUUUACUGAUACUGGUCUUUAAUAGCCUAAUAGGUGAAUUUUUCUAAUGCAGUGAGUCCACCCAUAUUUAUAUGACUGUUUUAGCAAUGUAAUAUAUAUUAUGUUGAAUUCUAGUUCUGUGCAGUGUAGUAUGUUAAAGUAUUUUAAGUUUGUGAAGAUAUAUAUGUCUACUGCAGAUGUUAAAAAUUGCUUAAAACAUGAAUACGUACCUGGUGUGGGGUCUUAUCAGUUCUAGGCAUGAAUACAGGGAUUGAAGAUCCCAAGGAUCUUACUAGUCAGGUGUUAGAUGAUUCUAACAGUUGGGAGAUUUCUCUUGGAAGGGACCACUGUCCUUUGGGAACAGGUGACAUGCCCCAGUGUGGUAUCAGACCCUAAAGUGACAGCAUUAUUUAGCACCUUGAAUUAUUCCACACAGGCAAGAACAUCUCUUCAGGAACAAUCAAAAGAAGCAGAUGGUUUGUCCAUUUCUAAGAAUCAUAGAAUCUUAGUUGGCCGUGAUACAAUGGUGUUUGUACUUGUCAUUGGAAAGCCAGAGAAAUUGACCGUAACCUGAAAUGGCCAACAGAUUCAAGUAUUAUUUUAAGGCCCAACCUUCUUGAUUGGCCAGUGACAGGGAAAUAAUAGCUCAGGUUAUUUUUAAAAUAAGUAGUUUUUCUAGGUACUGGUGGUACCAGGGAAUCAGAAGGGCGAAAAGCAUAUCCUAGGAGAGUAAUGUUCUUCUGACUAAGAACAAAUAAAUACUUUCAAAAGGAGGUUACCCUUAAAAAAAAAAAAAAAGGUUAAAAGUAAAAGGAGUAUUGAUCUUAUUACCAGGCUCCUUCUGAACUUAAGUAAACAGUCUACAUGUUGAGAGGACAAGCUUGCAGCAAAAGCCAGCUCUUUGGAACCUGGGUCCCUGGUAGCCUAGGGGCGCCGUAGCUCAGUCUAAUCACCUAGAGCUGAACUGAGGUCAGAGCCAUGCACAGCUGGCUCCUGCCAGCUCUCAGGAUGUGGGAGGUGGCCUGAGCAACAGUGUGUGUAAUGUUUCUGAAGCGAGGAUUCACUCCCUUUCUCAGUAAAUAUGUAUUGAGGACCUACUCUGAGCCAGACAUGUAUGUGCAGAUCCAUUGGAGAGCAGUUCAAAGGUGGCCCCAGCCUACUCAUCACAGUAGCCUGCCUAUGGGAAAAGCUAGGCCAACACACAUGGGAGGAUGCCACUGGCUCAGGGUGAACUUCACUUGGAACCUCAGGCCCAUAUUUCUUUCUGGAGCCCUGCCCUGAAGGCUCUUCCACUCCCAAAUAAUACCUCAAACAGCUUAGCUUACACUUUGGGAAGACCUGGGAGGAAAGGAGAAGGUUACCUGAGGAAUCAAAGGGCAGGUUCAGUGGCGGCAUUGGGAUAACCCGUCCCUUCUGGUUACAGUUUGAGGCCAGGGGCUUGACACCUGAAACAAUCCCUCCCAACCUGGGGGGUCACCCCCCACACUUACCCUAUCCAUCUCCUCACUAUCCCAGGGUGGCCUGGAGUUGGAAAGCCAGUGCCUAGAUGUGAUGACACGCUUGCUCACCCAUUGGGUCUUCCCGUCAAGCCACUUUCCUGCCUCAAGACCAUAUUAAGUAAAAACGGUGGUAAUGACAGUUGUAGAAAAGUUGUUUCAUCUGUAAAAGUGAAUACAGUCUCAGCUCUGCCUGGGGAUUACCUAAUUGCCAGUGCGACUCUGACUAUCCACGGUAGUAGCAUGUGUUAAAUUCUGUAACUAGUUGGUUCUGUAAGAUGCUUAGUCAGUUUUUACUGUGAAACAUCCUCAAAAAUCUCAGCACCCUACCAAUUACAUAUUUUCACCCUGGAGCCUUACACUUCAGGCUGAGAGUAUGGUCCAGGUCUGUCCCACGAAGCAUCCCGCAUCCCUGAUUCUAUUCCAGAUCCCGCAGCAGGAUUAGCAGUCCCUGGGAGAUGUCCUUUCUCAUGGCAGAAGCACAAGAGGCCAAGCCAAUCCCACAAGCAGACCCGUAAUCCCUACUCACACAUGGUGUAUGACAUACUGUUCUGUUGGUCCAAGCACAAGGCCAAAGCCCAACCUCAGGGCGGCCAGUUCAAGCCGAAGGAACGAUGACACAGUCUGCACCAAUGUUGUGAGAUAGUUUUGAAGGCUGGAGUCACAUAAUUUGUGGCAGAGUUAUUUCCCCCUAAUGUUUUAUAAGCAUUCGGUCAUGGUUUAAAGUUCUUUGUUUACUAUUGUAAUAAUAGAAGGGAAUCUUGGGAGGGCGGAGGGGAUUUGAGGUGAGAUGAGAAGGACCGUGCAUGAAGACUCCUCUAGUGUGGAGGGUUCUAGGGGCUCCACACACAAUGGGUUUAUAACAGUGCUGGACUCAAGAGGGUUUCCCUGGGGACCCUGCAGGGUGUUCUGGAAAGGUCCAGCCUGAGCACAGGGGGACCAGCCAGGGAGGUGCUGGGAAACAAGGAAGAAGCGGAGUCUCGGUGGGCCUCAGCAGGUGAGGGUCAGAGUGGACCCUCCUGUCCCGGCCUCUGACUUGUGGAGGAAGCCAUCAGGAGCAUCCAGGAAGCUCACACGCUGGCAGGAAGGCUGGGACCAAACUCAGCAGGCAUGUGUGGAUCAAGGGAAGUUGUGCUGCCAGAAACCCCAGCAAGUUUGUACCUCAGGGACUGUCUGGUGAGGAUGCUGCAGCUGGUGACCCCACCAUCUGUCACAAGAUGCUGCCACCAGAAUGACAAACGCCGCCAGUGUGGCCCUGCUGCUAUGAGUACCUCCUCAACCGUCUGCCAAAAGCUCAAGGCUCCAGUACCGGAGGGCAGGUGUGAUGGCAAUCCUCAGGUGUGCACUCGCCCUUCAGACUCUAGGACUGAGAGGGAAGCUGACCUGGCUCCUGUGGAGCUGGGAGGAGGAGGCUGGCCAUGCUCAGCUAAAACAUGCUCAGUAGAGGAUCUGCCCAGAAGAGAAGGGUGUUCAGACACUGGGUGACCAAAGUUACUGACCAAAUCAGUCAUGUGUCCUUAUGAGCUUAUGCUUCAAAAUCAUGGCUCCUGUCUGGCGGGACACAAGUGGCCUCAAGACCAAGCAGGGAUCACCCCUCCCCGAGGAAGAAGGGAGACGACGCAGAGCUGCUGCAUUGAUUCCUUCAUCCACCUCUUGAUCCACGGCGUUUAGAGACGUCUCUUCCUUUCCUGUCAUGUUCUCUGUAUAUUCUAGAAUGUGUGGAUUAAAGUGACUACCAGAGCAGGCCUCCAAAUGCAGUCCGAGGAUCCCACGUGCCUGCAAGUAUCUCCCCUCCCCACAACACCUCUGGGGGAUGCAGAUUCUCUUCAUGCUUCAGCCGAGACGACACACCACAGCAGGUGAGAUGCGGACACAAACCUGAGACGCAGCGCCUUCCACUAAGCCAGAUGCUAAAGGUUUGCAAAAAUGCAAAAAGAAUGCCACUCCU